AUGUUCUAUUCGCCAGCGUAUGUGGUUAAAUAUCAGAUAUACCUUCUCAUAGAAUCAUCCGAAUUCCAUUUCGGUAUUCAUGAAAUGAGUGAAAGUUCAGUACGAGAAUGGUUUUCUCUGAAGAUCUUGAUAUACAUAGCAUUUAGAAUUGUCAAUUUCCCAACAAAGGUCAAUUGCUGGUACUGCAACGAAAAUUCAUACCUGACAUACUAUACAACGGGAAUAAAAAAGGAUUGGAAAUGUUCCUAUUGUGAAAAUCAUAAUGUGUUUGAUGAGCAAGGAGAGAUUGUAGAUACAUUUGCUGCAAUGUACGAUCCAAGCCUUAAUCGUCCAGCUGUACCACAUCAUAAUUUGAACCCUAUCAUAAAAACACCUUACAAGUUAUGCAAUACAUGUGCUCGUAACCAAGCCUGGAUUUGCGACAAAGUGAGGGAAUUCAUCAAAGAACCAAAUGACCCUGACUAUAAGCGUUCACUCGAAGAAGCGGACAUCUACAAGGCUGCGUUGGUAAAAAAAUAUAGAUUGUGCAAGGACUGUCAACUUGCUGCUACAAAUGCUCUGGAUGAACAAAGAAAAAUGAUGCGAAGAUGGUGGCUUGGUGUCUUGCAUAAACGACUCCCCAAUUAUCGUUUUGCUAUAAAACCUGCCACACGUACUUAUCUUCAACAUGGUGCAUUAUGGGUAACCCUACAUGCGUGGACAAUAUUAUUGUGCUGUUUUGCUUAUUCGAAUACGUCUCGACCUGAACCAGAAGGAACUAUUAGAGAAAGGGUUUUGUCGGAUUUAAUGAAUUGCAAGGAUGAAUUCCUAAAUAUCUUACAAGCCAUCACCUACAUGUGGUACCGGCCUCAGGAAGAAAUUGGGAAUUAUAUAUAUUAUGUUUUAGAAUGGGUUAUAGACGAAUUGGAUUUCUCUAUUCGUUUCGGGACAAGAGUUUUGGCCUGUGUAGCUUCUCUUGAUAAUAAAAGCAAAGAGAACAACUGUGUCUGGAAAUCUGAGAUCCCCGUACUACUACAUAUCAUCGGCUGCGUGCUUUCCAUAUGGAUAUUCUGGCACCCUUGGGUCUCAAGGCUGAGAUAUCAAUACGACUUUCGCCUAAAAAACUGGAAGUUUUACAAGAAUACCCAAAGAUUUAUUCAUGUGUGCCGUCUUGCUCUGCUAAUUUUGGCUCGUUAUGCAAGCAACGCGACUGUCCAUUUUGCUAUGAAAGCGGCAAGGAUCUGUAUCCCAUGUGUAUUGGUUGUAUCUAUUCUAUCGGUAAAAAUACUUCCUGUUGGAGGUUGGCCAUCAAACAAGCUGGGGUUCAUACCUAAUACAGGGAAUAAAUUCAUUUCAGAACCAAUCGACGAUGAACCUGAAGAUGUAAUUAAAAAAACAGAGGCUAAAAAGACGCCGGUUGUCUUGAGUCCUUCAGUGAGUAAUUAUGAGCCAAUGGAGGUUGAUGAUAUGGAAGAAAGAUACGACAUAGAACAAAAGCUGCGACAAGGAAAGGCCCAAGACGACGAAACGCUUGCACAUGGAGUCAAGUUUGGUCUUUGUUUAGAAUAACCUGAUGCAAUUCAAGCUUCAAUCCAGUUUAGUUUCUUUUUUUAUGAGAGGCUCUUUUCUUAGUACUCAUAUGUAUAUAUACAAUCCAAAACAAUAAUGUUAAAUAAAACCAAAUAAAAUUAAAUUUGCGAAUACAGAUCGCCCUUAUUCAAAA